GUUGCUACGUCAAACGAUCGCCACUGUAACAGGGACAAUUCAUACGAUAAUUGCUGUCCAGACGAACGUAUGGACGUUGAAAUGGACACAGGACGAUCUGUGACAGACCGACGAGACAUGGAAACUGGAUCACGGGCGGCAUGUUCGUCAAACGGCAGCGCUGGAGAGGAAGACGAGACAGAGGCCGCAGAUCGAGAAAGGGAAGCCGGGGGCUCAAGUACACCGCGUUCCGGGGAUGGAGUGGGGCUUGGCAGCGGGAGAGAGCAGGAGGUCUCGGUUGAAAUCGGAGAAACGUAUCUUUGUCAGCGCGCGGACAAGACAUGGCAUUCUGCUGAGGUUAUCCAGUCCAGACUGAAUGAGCAGGAAGGCAGAGAGGAGUUCUAUGUGCACUAUGUUGGAUUUAACAGGCGCUUGGACGAAUGGGUGGGCAAGUCUCGCUUGGCGUUAACGAAGACGGUGAAGGACGCGGUGAGGAAGAGCGUGGAGGAAGGCGGGGGAGGGGAGCUGGGGGAGCAGCCGGAGAGGAAGAUUACGCGCAACCAAAAACGUAAACACGACGAGAUCAACCAUGUCCAAAAGACCUAUGCUGAGAUGGACCCCACCACUGCAGCCCUAGAGAAAGAACAUGAAGCGAUCACGAAAGUGAAAUACGUGGAUAAGAUCCAGAUAGGUAACUUUGAGAUCGACGCCUGGUACUUUUCUCCGUUCCCUGAGGACUAUGGGAAACAGCCGAAGCUUUGGAUAUGCGAAUACUGUCUGAAGUACAUGAAAUACGAGAAGACCUUCAGAUACCACCUGUCCCAGUGUCAGUGGCGACAGCCCCCAGGGAAGGAAAUUUACCGUAGGAAUAAUAUCUCUGUAUAUGAGGUGGACGGGAGAGACCAUAAGAUCUACUGUCAGAACCUGUGUCUGCUGGCCAAGCUCUUCCUCGACCACAAAACGCUUUACUUUGACGUGGAGCCGUUCAUCUUUUACAUCCUCACCGAGGUCAACAGAGAAGGGGCGCAUAUCGUGGGCUACUUCUCUAAGGAGAAGGAGUCUCCAGAUGGGAACAACGUGGCUUGUAUCCUCACUCUACCUCCAUACCAACGUCGAGGAUACGGCAAAUUCCUCAUCGCGUUCAGUUACGAGUUGUCGAAGUUGGAGAGUACAGUGGGUUCUCCAGAGAAGCCUCUGUCUGACCUUGGGAAGCUGAGCUACAGGAGUUACUGGUCCUGGGUUCUGCUGGAGAUUUUACGAGAUUUCAGAGGAACACUGUCCAUUAAAGAUCUCAGUCAGAUGACCAGCAUCACACAGAGUGACAUCAUCAGCACGCUCCAGUCUCUGAACAUGGUGAAGUACUGGAAGGGUCAGCAUGUGAUCUGUGUCACGCCCAAACUGGUGGAGGAGCAUCUAAAGAGCGCCCAGUACAAAAAGCCCCCAAUAACAGUGGACACGGUGUGUCUGAAGUGGGCCCCGCCCAAACACAAACAGGCCAAAUUUUCCAAGAAAUGAAAGCCGGUGAAGCAUGAAGACGUGACGACCGUCAGUCAACCCAAACGUGCAUGUCACUCACAAUGAAGCCCCGCCCCUUCAUUCUGUUUAAAUUCUUCGUUAAAGAGGGAAAAUGUAAAAGAUUGUAAAUUGCUAGUGUCUCAAAACUUUUAUGUUUAUGUUCUUUUUGGGUUUUCUUGUUUUUUAAUAAAUGAUAAUAGCGAUAUUCAA